AUUUUUUUUCGUAUCCUUUUCAGGCUCCGCUGUAAAACCACUCGGGAAUCUCCACCGCCCUCGACCGGAAAAUGAAAAUUCCGGCGGCCUAUUGGUCAGUUCGCGCACGCAACGUUCUCGCUCCUCUCCACCACCGUCACGUCUUCCACGAAAAGCCCUAACUCGGAAGAGAAGAAUCGGUUUUCGUCUGCGGAGUGUUGAAGUCAUUCGAUCCUUUCCUACGCGGUAGAGAAAGGUACUCCAUUUUGUUUAAAACGAUUUUUGGAUUUUCUUGGAACUGAUCUCUGGGAUCGGGUCAGAGAAAUGAUGAUGAUAUGAUGAUGAUUAUGAUGAUCGGCUGAUGUGAGAUAGUAUUAAUUGUUCUGAGGUGAUGAAGGGAAAAUUGUUCGGCAUAAACUCGGAGCCAUUCAUUUCGCGGUUCAGUGGUUUUACUGCUCGUGAGUUUUUGUGAAGUUUUGUUUCCAGUGAUUUGAGGAUUACAAGUCAUAGCAUUAGAGCAAUACCGACAGAGAGUAUAAUUUAGGAGUAGCAGAGAGAGAGAGAGAGGGAGAGAACGGAAACGGAGCUUUUAGAUUGAUAGCUGCAGAGAGACAUGCCUUUUCCGAUGAAGAUUCAACCUCUCGAUUCUCAGGCCUAUAGAGAGUCGAUCCGGAAUGACUUGGCCAAGCCUCCGGUGCUGAAAUCGCGUCUCAAGAGGCUCUUUGAUCGGCAGUUCCCAAGCGUUCUGCGGAUUUCGUCGGCGGAAAAGCCGGCGGCCAGCGAGGCCCAGUACGGCAAGGAUGGAGGCGGAGGGGGGGCUGAAUUCGAGCCCAGUUCUGUGUGCUUGGCGAAAAUGGUUCAGAAUUUCAUCGAGGAGAAUACCGACAAGCAAUCGGCCGCUAAAUGUGGCCGCAAUCGCUGCAAUUGCUUCAACGCGAACAACAAUGACAGCUCCGAUGACGAAUUUGACGUUGCUUAUGGUUUUGGCGACUCGAUUCCAGCCGCUUCUUCCGCUGAUUCUCUCGAUACGCUCAUGAGUUUGAUACCCUGCGCAAGCGUCGCCGAGAGGAACCUCCUAGCUGACACUUCGAAGAUUGUCGAAAAGAACAAAGCUUGCAAGCGAAAAGACGAUCUACGAAAAAUUGUCUCCGAUGGUCUACUGCUUCUUGGCUACGAUGCAUCCAUCUGCAAAUCAAGAUGGGAAAAAUCCUCCUCCUAUCCAGCAGGGGAAUACGAGUACAUAGAUGUGAUUGUGGAAGGCGAGCGACUGUUGAUAGACAUUGAUUUCACAUCAGAGUUCGAGAUAGCUCGAUCGACCGGAGGCUACAAAGCGAUCCUCCAAUCUCUGCCGCACAUUUUCGUCGGCAAGGCCGAUCGUCUCCAGCAAAUCGUCUCCAUCGUGUCGGAGGCGGCAAGGCAGAGCCUGAAGAAGAAGGGAAUGCACAUCCCUCCCUGGAGGAAAGCCGAUUACGUGCGAGCCAAAUGGCUCUCUCCCCACACUCGCACCUCCACCACACCGCUAAAAACCGACGCCGUUCAGACUGACGCUCCGGCCGAGAAGGCCGAAGACAAGCCUUGUCCGGCAACAAGCGAGAGCGAUUGCGGGGAGUUUGAGCUGAUUUUCCAAGACGAAGCGUCGUGGUCGGAGCCGGAGCCCGCUGAGAUCGAGACUCCGUCCGUCGAGGAGAUGAAUAUUCCGGCAGAGCCGUCCCAGUGGCAGCCGCCGGCGGUGAAGCCAAAGAGCUGCGAGAGAGGAGGCAAGGUGGUCACCGGAUUAGCCUCUCUCCUCCGAGAGAAACCCUAAAAAAUUUUGGAGUUGGCUUUCUCAUUAAUUUUCCUGUUUUUCUUUUUCCGGGCACAAGCAUAUAUAUUAUAUAUUAUUAUAUAUAUAUAUAUAUAAAUAUGGAAAAGGUAUAUAUUUUAACCCGACAU